CGCGAGAGGAGCGGAGAGGAGAGCGGGGAGGGAGAGGACGGUGCGCGGUCACAGACGUGCAUCACGGCGGGCUGACUCUCACCGAACCCCGGGCUUGAUUUCAGGGUUUAAUCGGCGUCUCGCUUCUUGUGGUUGAAAUGGGAUUAACUGAGAAUGGCCGGUUAGGACGCAGAUUUUAGUGCACGGAUCCUCUCGCACCCGGAUCUGUUUUCUUUCGGUUCUGAUCAUCAGCUGCAGGAAUGGACCGGAAUUACCCGGGUGCAGGGUUCGGUGAUUUGGGCGCAGGAGCCGGAUGGAGCUACGAGCGAUCAGCCAAAGCUAGUUUGGUGUACGGUAGCUCCAGAUCUUCACACCCCGAAUCUGAGCUCCUCCAUCGGCAGGCCUACGCCACACCCCACCCUCUACAGGGUUACGCAACCAACCACCACCCUGGCGGCUCUGGACAGGGCGGGGCCUGGGGUGCGGCUGGACGGAGUCUAGGUCUGUCUGGGUUGUUUGACGCUGGGCUGCACCAUGCCAGUCCUUCAGGUCCAGAUCCUUCUGUUAUGAACCUGAUCUCAGCUCUGGAGUCCCGGGGUCCACAGCCACCGCCCUCCGCGUCCUCUCUUCUCUCCCAGUUCCGCACCCCAUCCUGGCAGACUGCGAUGCACACACCCGCUCCAGCAGAGCUUUUCAUCUCCAGCGCCCUUCCCGGUUCUGGAUCGUUCCCAUCGUCCUCGGCUUUAUCAGCCUACCAACACCCGGCUUCAUUUUCUGGGCGCUCCUUUCCGGGGGUGACCCCCUCACUCUCUCUGCAGGAGACUCCCACCUUCAGCCCCACGUCCAACGGCCUGUUGUCUCCCCAUGAUCCUUUGCUGCACAUCAAGACGCCCUCCCAGUCGAGUCUCGACUUCGAUCGCCUGCUGUCCGCUCAGGGUGCUGCUGCAGCCUAUCGCGGUAGCCACGACCCUAGCGGAGGCGGCGGCGUCAUUCCGGCCCAGGCGUCCUCGGUGGCUUCGGCCUCCGCUCGGCACCUGCAGACCCACCAGUUCAACCUGCUGUCCUCCCAGCUUCAGGACCAGUCCUCCCAGUUAUAUGGUGCGUCUGUGUUCUCGUCUGCCCCGCCUCAACCGGCUUCCCAGGAACGGACCAUACCACGACAGGACAGUGUCAUCAAACACUACCAGCGUCCCUCGCCAGCGCAGGCGUCCUCCUCCACGCCCCAUCCCCUCCAGCACUACCUCAGCUGUGGAGUGUCUGGUUACCAGCAGGCCCCUCAUCCUCGCCAUGCUAGCCUGUCCUGCAGCCCACUGGGAGAGCACAGUCCAUCCUCUGACCACAAGCCCUCCCCCAGAACAGAGCAAUACAGACCUAUCAUCCAACCUUCUUAUGGAUCUUCUUCAUCCUCAUCAUCUGCUGGACCAGGGAAAGGGUCAAAAAGCAGUUCCAGCAGUGGCUACUCCUCAUCUGGCUCUGGCUCCUCCACCAGAACUCCCCAUACACCACCUUCCGCAUCCUCUGCCUCAUCCUCGUCGUCGUCAUCCUCCUCCUCCUCUGCUUCUGCUACUGCACGCCAGUCUAAUUCUAUUCCAACCUCAAGCUCUGGAUCUGCAACCUCUCGGCAGCAGCCGCCAACCCAGUCUGUGCCGCCUGCACCACAGACGCACUCCCAGCCGCCUCCUAGCACUUCGAACAACUCUCAGCAGACCCUUUCUAAGGCGUGUCUCUCAGGCUACGGCUCCCCAGUAGCUCCAGUUAAGUCGUCUAGCAGCUUGACCGGCCAGACCCCACCCCAACAGCAGCAGCAGCCUCAGUCUUUCUCCCCAAACCAGCCCCCAUCACACUUACCUCAAUCAUAUGGAGGGUUCAGUUCCCCACAGACCCAUGAUCUGCCUUCAGCCAGGACCUCUGGAGUUGCGAAAGGCUAUGGAAGUCUUGGGAGUCAGUCGUUUUCAGCAGAAUCAGUGUACGGGACAGAUUCAGGGUAUGGGUCCCUGCCUCCAUCACUAGGUGGAGCUGGAAGCCCAUCGAUGGGCUAUACUGGCUCGGGACACUCUCCUGCACUCCUAUGUUCAGGAGCAAGUGGGGGAGCAGCUAGUGGAAGCAGUAACGGAGGAAGUACCAAUACAGGAGGUGGAAGUAGUGUGGCUGGAGGAGGAUCUUACCACAUCCCAGAUUCCAGUCCAUCUCCAUCAGGCAACCCUGGAAUCGUACGCCCAAGUCUGCACUCUCCUGCUCCCUCACGACCCGCCCAGUCACCGGUUGGGACAGGAUCAAACAAAUAUCUAUCAUCAGUUCUCUCCCCUUCCUUUUUGCCCUCACCUCAAGGAUACCCCGAUACUCGAGGACCAAGAUCACAGAACUACCAUCCCUCUGCUCCCCCUAAGACCAAGUCUGAUGCCAGCCUACUCGGAGUCCCGGAGUCUCGAUCACAGCAGGAUGAUGACGACGAUGCAGAUUUCCUCAUCCAACAUCUACUCCAGGCUCAAAGUCCUACUCCUCAAGCAUCCCAUCACCUUCCAGCUCAAAGCCAUCAUUCCUCACAGCCUUCUCAGCAGCCCCCGGUUCUUACCCCUCAGGAUGGGAGCAAGGGAUUGUCGUACGAGAUGGGCAAGAGCUCAGAGGAACGAUACCAUCUUCAAAGCGUGAUUCGGACUCAUAGUGCCACGUCUAAUGCUCCGGGGUCUGGAGCAGGGAAUGGAGCGGGCCUGGACGGUCAGCUAGAAAUGUCUUUAAAGAAGCAGCAACAUCAGCAGCAGCAGCAGCAGCAGCAACACAAACAUCAACAGAAGAGCAGCAGGUCUGUCGCAGACGGAGGAGGUCGAGGAAGCGCCGAUCAAACCCAUGCUCAUCACCACCAUGACUCGAUUGACUCGGUGGUCCACUACGGUCGGGGUGACCCUUAUUCCCAGCACUCUAUCCCUCAGCAUUCUUCCUCCCACCAUCAACACACCCCUCAUACACCCACGCACUCUCACCUGCACUCCCACAUGGAUCUUCAGAAGAAGUCCCAGGAUUCUGCAGACAUGGCUUACAUUCGCAAGACUCCAGACCUGCAGCACCACCAUCACCAACAGCAAACGGCUCACCACCAGUCUCAUCAGCACCACCAACAGCAGCAUCAGACUCAGUCCCAAACCCUGAUGGAGUCUCCAACCGACCAAUCGCGUCAGCCUCCUCAUUUGUUACAGUCCGUGCUGUCCCAUACCACCCGGAGCAAAAUCGACUCUCAGCAACACCCUGCCAGCCAGCAGACGCUGAUGGAGGCAGCCGGGGGCAUCGCGGCGACUGAACCCCAUUCCCAGACACAAGCGUCCCAGCUACAGCUUCAGCUCCAGAACCAGUCCCUGGAAGCUGGUGGUCACUAUGGUCAACAAGACCAAAGCCAUUCUAAAUCGGCCACGGUGUCCUCUCUGGAUAUGCUCGAGCGUUCUCUUUCUCGGGCUUCGAGCCAGGAUGGUGGCAUGGUCAACGACAGGGCAGGAAAUGAGGCUAGCAGAGGAAACUCUGGAGCUGGAAGUGGAGGAAGUGUGGAGAGACACAGAUCACAGGAUCAACAGCGACUUCCAUCGCAUCAUCCUUCCCAGCAUCAUCCCUCAGAAUUACAUUCAUAUCUCUCUGAGCCAGAUCUGGGUCUGUCCACCCCAUCUCACGGGCAUCAUCUUUCCCACCACCACCAUCAGUCUCAGCAAACCCCUCAAGGUCCUCAACAUCCCAACUCCCAUCACCAACAUGCUCACCCCCAGCAUCCAGCUCAACAAGAGCAGCCACACCCGUCUCACUCCCACUCCUCUCAGCUUUCUCAGCCUCAGCUUGAGUCGCAGCAUCAGCCGGACCAUCACUUCGAUGCUCGAGGUUCUGCCGUGAAAACAAACUCGAACCAGGACCAGAGGUUCGUUCCGUUAACGUCCAUAUGUUUCCCGGACUCUCUGCUCCCAGACGAAGAUCGUUCCUUCUUCCCAGGCAUGGAGGACAUGUUCUGCCCGGAGGAGUACAAGUCCAGCUGUUCUGGAGAAACAAGUCAAGGUCAGGAUGGAGUCGCGCAGGCCCAGCCGGGAGAGCAGGGCAUAGAGGGCAUCAAAUCCACUGCAGAAAGUGGAGGAGAUGAUACGGGUGCCAGCUACGAUAUGCUCGCCCAACAUGGCAACCAAGAUUUUGGGCAAUAUUGCCAUGAUCUCUCAGAGCCUGACAGUGGAACCAUGCAUCUGGACCUUGACUCCUUGAAGACUCAUGAGCUCCCGUCUACAGUCAACACUGAGCACCUUGGACUGAUCCAGUCUCAGCCAACCGGUCUCGGAAUGGGAAGUGGUGGGAAUGUCGGAGAAGGAUCUAGUGCCAAGUUAGGUAGUUCUGGAGGUUCAGGUUCUGGAUCAGGAGGGCUUAACACCCCAAUCUUUUGCUCCUCCCGACCCAAAAAGCUCCUGAAGUCCAGUUCGUUUCACCUGUUAAAAGAGAGACCUGAUCCUAAUUCCCUUCCCAAAAAGAGCUACGCGCAGGAGUACGAGUUUGAAGACGACGAGGACAAGGCUGACGUUCCAGCCGACAUCCGACUGAACAGCCGGAGACUUCCUGACCUCAUCCCGGACCUUGUGUCCAGCUGUCGCAAAUCUGGCGGUGGAACUCUGAGUCCUCUGAUGGGUGAUCUGGAUUUUGGAUAUCCGUCUCUUGGUCCCCCUCAACAACUACUGCCUCACGACGGACCAAAAAAGAGAGGCAGAAAGCCCACGAAGCCCAAACGGGAGGGUCCGCCGAGGCCCCGCGGUCGCCCGCGCAUACGCCCCUUGUCCGAGCCCCAUCAUUCUAGAGCCAUGAUAGCAGAGGCCGGGGCGGGGUGCGUUCCUGAACGAGGCAGGGGAAGAGGUCGAGGAAGAGGACGAGGCAGGCGAGAUGAGUCCAUGAUGGAUAAGGAACAGGGUCAGCUGUAUCAGCAGCACAUGCAGCAGCAGCAGAUCCAUCACCAGACACAGCAGCAGCAGCACCAAGAGCCCAUCAAGCCCAUCAAGAUCAAACUUCCUAUCGGUGGUAUGUCGUCUUCUGAUGCCCUCCUGCGGACGGAUUCUUUAUCUGGUACCGACCCUGCCCUCUCGGAUGGUUCUGUGGGCAGCGCCCCUUCUUUAGGGCUGAGCCCAGGGACACCAGGAGACAAAAGCAAGGGUAAAACUCAGGAGAUGGAGGAGAAAGAUUCGGAGAAGACCGGCUUCGUGGAUUCGUUCUUGGAUUUUCUGAAGUCUGGGAAAAGGUCGGCGAGUAGCUCCGGGAACGGGGAUUUAUCUCCAGGGAAGAGCGGAGGAAUCCAUCCCAUAUCUUCUCCGCCGCCACCUCCUCCAGCCCCCUCGGCAUUGUCCGGUUACACCGAUAGCGAGGGCGAUGGGGGGCUGUCUCUGGGUGGGUGCCCGAGCCCCUGCAAGCGUUUGGACGAGGAGCUGAAGAGGAACCUGGAGACCCUUCCAUCGUUUUCCUCAGACGAGGAGGACUCGGUGGGUAAAAACCAGGACCUCCAGAAGAGCAUCUCCUCCGCCAUAUCGGCCCUGUACGACACUCCGCAGCUCAGCACCUCCUCCAUGCAGCCUCCGACUCUACCUCCUCCUCCACCUCCUCCUGCACCCCUCACGCCCACCCAGCAGCAGCAGCAGCCGCCCACUCUCAGCCCUCAGCCCCCGACACACCUCCACUCGCAGCCUCCCCAGCACGUGGACUCCGGAGCACUGUCGAUGGGAGACGCGGCCGAGGAGGAGAGAAUGGACGACGAGGACGAGCGAGAUGAAAGAAUGGAGGAGAGGGAGGCAGAAAUGGAGCUGGGAGGUGGUCCGAAAUUAUCAGACUCACCUGAUGAAGCUCCUCAUGCGGCGGCGCCCAACACGCUCCAACUCCUCUUCCCAUCCUCCCCGACCUCCUCUUCUCCCUCUCCGUCCCCUCUUCCCCCCAUCUUUCUCCCGUCCCCCCUCCCGGGGCUGGAGGACGACCCGAAUCACCCUCUACAGCGGUCUCCGCCCGCGCCCAGCCCUCCCGCUCCGCCUGUACCCGUCCUCUCCCCACCGCGCGCCUCUCCUCGACCCUCGCCUCCUCCCACCUCCAUCCCGUCUCCUCCCGAGCAGCCUGCUCAGGCUCCGCCCUCCCCGGAGGAGCUCCCGGCGGCUCAGAUCCUCCCGCUACACCUGGCGCAGAAGCAGAGCGGCGCGGCCGUCGCCGGGGAGACGGAGGAGGACGACAGCGAGAGCGGAGGGGAGGGCAUCUUCAGAGAGAGGGACGAGUUUGUGGUCCGGAUAGAGGACAUCAAGACCCUCAAGAUGGCCCUGCAGACGGGUCGCGAGCCUCCACCCAUCUGGCGUGUACAGAAAGCCCUGCUGCAGAAGUUCGCGCCCGAGAUCAAAGACGGGCAGAGGCAGUUCUGUGCCACCAGCAACUAUCUCGGUUAUUUCGGCGACGCUAAGAAGCGCUACCAGCGGCUCUACGUCAAGUUCCUGGAGAACGUGAAUAAGAAGGACUACGUGAGGGUCUGCUCCCGAAAGCCCUGGCACCGACCCUCGGUUACACACAGACGGCAGGCGCAGUCUCAGUCGGUCCCGAGGAUGGCGCUGCCCCCUACCAGCCAGACGCCCCCUCAGCCGCCGCGGGACGAGAAGAACAGAGAGCGCGAGAGGGUAAAAGAGAAGCGCGAGGUCCGAGAGAAGAACAACGUCCGGGCGAGGGAGCAGCAGGAGAAGGAACGACUGUCCAAGAUCAAGGAGCAGGAGAAGGAGAAGAAAAUGCCGCCCCCUCCUGCCCCGCCCAGGCUGGAGAGGCAGGGGGCGCCGACCGAGCAGAGGAGGAGGAAGGACGAGAAACGGGCUGCGGGCGCGGAGAGGAAGGCCGAGCGCCCCCCGAAACAGAACCCGGGUAAAGUCAAGGCCGAGCCGCCGCCCAAGAAGAGGAAAAAGUGGCUGAAAGAGAUGCCCUCGUCUUCUGAUUCCGACUCUUCAGCCAGCGAUGAUGAGGUCUCUAUAAAAGCAGGUCUGAACACUCGGGCGAUGCGGGAGAUGUACCGAAGCUACGUGGAGAUGCUGGUCAGUACGGCUCUGGACCCGGACAUGAUCCAGGCCCUGGAGGACACUGAAGAUGAGUUGUACCUUCCUCCCAUGCGUAAGAUCGACAGCAUCCUCAGUGAGCAGAAGAGAAAACUCAUGAAGACGGUCAACAUGAACUCCCAACACCAGGAGGCCCUGAACACGUUCCCUCAGAUCACGGCCGAGCCCACGGACUCCGGCGCUGUGAGGGUGAGGUUUGGUGGCGAGUGCUACAACCGCAAAACCCUGAACCGUGUCAAAAAGAGCGUCCCAAAACCACAGGACCUGAAGGUGUCGACGGAGGCGUGUCGAUUCUACAGCCUGUACCACUCUCUACACCAUUACAAGUACCACACCUUCCUCGUCUGCAAGAAAGAGACUAAUACUAUAGAACAGGCCUCAGAGGAUCCAGGCCAGGAGGAGGUGGUGCAGCAGUGCAUGGCCAAUCAGAGCUGGCUGGACUCGCUCUUCAACUCCUUCCUAGAGCUGAUGAGCCUCGGUGCCAAAGCCUGAAGUCCCCACAGUAAUGAUCCGAAGUAACGAGGGACGGUCGGAACAAAGGACACGGAUUUGUUUUGGCUCAGCACCCCGUCCUCCUCCUUCUCCUUUUGUUCUUACUUGAAGCGCUUCUUAAGACGAUUGUUUUGGAGGGGGGGGGUUGGUGAUGGUGACAUC